GGGCAUCAAGUUUCUGGAUUUCUAAUCAGACUAUAAGAAUACAGAGGAGCAGCGUAUUUAAUAUCUCGUCUGUCUCCCCUCGCUCUGAUCAAAGAAAUGGAGAGCGAGAACCAAACGACAACUCUAAGUUCUCCUUUGAUUCAAAUAUCAGGGGAAGAUGGAUUGUUCAAAGCUGACAUAAAGCGAAACAAGCCAAAAAGAGUAGAAACAACUCAGGUUUUUGAAGAAGUAAGAAAGCAAUUAUGGUUAGCAGGGCCAUUGAUAUCUGUAAAUGUACUAAAUUAUUGCUUACAAGUUAUAUCUGUCAUGUUCGUCGGGCAUCAAGGCGAGCUGGCGCUCUCCGGUGCUUCCAUGGCAACAUCUUUUGCAUCAGUAACUGGUUUCAGCUUAUUGGUAGGAAUGGCUAGUGCAUUGGAUACCUUAUGUGGCCAAUCAUAUGGAGCAAAGCAGCACCGCAAGUUAGGGAUGCACAUGCAGAGAGCCAUGGUAGUUCUUAUGAUUGUUAGCGUUCCCCUAGCCAUUGUUUGGGCGAAAACAGGAUCCAUUCUAAUUGCCUUAGGCCAAGAUCCUGAGAUAUCUGCUGAAGCAGGACAGUAUGCCAAUUUCAUGAUUCCGUGCCUCUUUGCCUAUGGUCUUCUGCAAUGCCUCAACAGAUUUUUACAAUCCCAAAAUGUAGUAUUUCCAAUGAUGUUCAGUUCUGGAGUUACUACUUUACUGCAUAUUCUUUUGUGUUACAUUAUGGUAUUCAAAUCUGGACUAGGGAGUAGGGGAGCUGCCUUGGCGAAUGCUAUAUCUUACUGGGUUAAUGUUUUGAUACUCUCGUUGUAUGUGAAGUUUUCUCCAUCAUGUGCUAAAGCUUGGCCGGGCUUUUCAAAAGAGGCUCUGCAUGGAAUUCCCACUUUUUUUAGACUUGCCAUUCCUUCAGCAGUUAUGGUUUGCUUGGAAGCGUGGUCAUUUGAAAUGAUGGUUCUCUUGUCUGGUUUGCUUCCAAAUCCAAAGUUGGAAACAUCAGUGCUUUCCAUCUGCCUUAACACGGCAUCAGUUGUAUGGAUGAUUCCCUUUGGACUCAGCGGAGCUGUAAGCACUCGUGUCUCAAAUGAACUAGGAGCUGGCCAUCCGCGUACUGCUCGAUUAGCAGUGCGUGUUGUGCUAGUAAUGGCCAUUAUUGAGGGCAUCUUAGUCGGAACGAUGCUGAUACUAGUACGCAAUAUUUGGGGAAAUGCUUACAGUAACGAAGUCGAAGUAGUCAAAUACGUAGCAACCAUGAUGCCAAUUCUUGCUAUAUCCAACUUUGUGGAUGGACUCCAAUGUGUUCUUUCAGGCACGGCAAGAGGGUGCGGUUGGCAGAAAAUUGGAGCUUUUGUCAAUCUUGGGUCAUACUAUCUGGUUGGGAUUCCAUUGGCUGUCAUGCUUGCUUUUGUCUUGCACAUUGGUGGCAAGGGACUUUGGUUGGGGAUCAUAAGCGCACUCCUCGUUCAAGUGUUAUCAUUAUUGACAAUAACUAUUCGUUCUGAUUGGGACCAAGAGGCGGUGAAAGCUAAAGAUAGAGUGUAUGAUUCAACGACCAUAGAGGACAUAGUCUCAUGAACGCAAAACCUUUCAUCAUUGAAAUGGCAUAAACAUGCCACAAAAAGUAUGUGGAACUGAAUAUGUUUGGCCUUAGAUAAUCUGGUGCCGGAACUGAAUAUGUUGAUGUUGCUAGCUUUUAAUUUCAAUCAGAUAUUGCUGAAAAACCUGGUUUAGCUGUUACAGUGAACGAAUAUAUAUGGAUGAUCCGUAAAAUGUUUGAAAAUCUUGGCGGAUGAGAGUGUAAAAUGUUUGAAAAUCUGAGCGGAUGAGAAUGGAAGUAACUGUAAGAAGACAACUAUGAAUGUUAUUCAUAGGGAAA